AUGGGAGGAGGUGGAGGUGGGGGAUCCACUUUGACUUACCCUGAAGUAUCCCAAAUCCUGCCAUGGAGUCUACCACCGGUUCACAACUUCAACCCGAUUCAUUUCCCAACCCGUGACCACGAUCCGUUUCUCCUCCCUCCAACUCCAUCAGUACCCUAUGGCGGUUUAUUCAACAGAAGGCCUCCGGGUUUGCAAUUCGGGUACGAGGGUUCAUCAACGGACCAUUUGAGACUCAUUUCAGACUCCCUUGGGCAGGUGGUGCACCCUGGCUCCGCCGGCCCUUUUGGCCUCCAGGCGGAGCUGCAGAAAAUGACUGCUCAAGAAAUCAUGGAUGCUAAGGCACUCGCUGCAUCUAAAAGCCACAGUGAAGCUGAGAGGAGACGAAGAGAGAGAAUCAAUAACCAUCUUGCUAAGCUCAGAAGCUUACUCCCAAGUACAACCAAAACGGAUAAAGCUUCAUUGCUUGCAGAAGUAAUCCAGCAUGUGAAGGAGCUGAAGCGCCAAACUUCAAUAAUAGCAGAAACAAGUCCAGUUCCAACUGAGGUCGACGAGUUAAUAGUGGAUGAUGCAUCAGAUGAAGAUAAUAAAUUUAUGAUCAAAGCUUCAAUCUGCUGUGAAGACAGACCUGAUCUUUUGCCUGAUCUUAUCAAGACCCUAAAAGCACUAAGGUUAAGAACACUCAAAGCUGAAAUUACAACACUCGGAGGGCGUGUGAAGAAUGUUUUGUUCAUUGCUGGGGAAGAAGAUGAGGAGGAGGAACAGCAACAAUACUGUAUUAGCUCAAUACAAGAAGCCCUUAAAGCAGUUAUGGAGAAAUCUAAUGGUGAUGAAUCUGGUUCAGGGAAUGUUAAGAGACAAAAAACCAAUAUCAAUAUAUAUCCUUGA